AUGUUUACUUUUUCAAAGUCCAAAAAAAAUAUUAAUUGGAAUACUGUUAUCAAUGGAUAUUUAACACAAUUUUUUUUAGCAAUAUUUUUAUUUAAAGUUGAAAUUGGUGUAAAACUUUUAGAAAGAAUUUCUAAUGAAAUUGUUAAAUUUUUAAGUUAUACAUAUAUAGGUACUGAUUUUGUCUAUGGACAUUUAUCAUCACCACCAAAAGUUUGUGGAAUGAAUGGAGUUUUUGCUUUUAAAAUUCUUCAAGUACUAAUAUUUUUUAAUACUGCUGUUGUGAUACUUAAUCAUUUUAAUAUAAUAGGAACAAUUUUAAAAUAUAUAUCAGGAGUUAUACAUUUUGUUCUUGGUACAACAUCUGUAGAAUCAUUUAAUGCCUGUGCAUGUGUUUUACUUGGAAUGACAGAAGGACCAAUUUUAGUAAAAAAUUAUAUACCAAAAAUGACAUUAUCUGAACUUCAUGCAAUAUGUAGUAGUGGAUUUUCAUGUAUUGCAGGAUCACUUUUAGCAGCUUAUAUUAAUUUAGGUGCUUGUCCUAGUUAUUUAUUUACUUCAUCAAUAUUAAGUGCACCAGGAUCAAUAGCUGCUUCAAAAUUAUUAUAUCCUGAGACAGAAGAAUCUACUUUAAAAGAUGAAAAUAAUUUAAAUAUUGAAAAAAAUAAAGGAAAUUUAUUAGAAAAAAUUAGUUCUGAAGCUGUUGUUGCUGCAGGAUGGGUUGUUGCUAUUGCAUCAAAUUUAGUUGUCUUUCUGUCACUUCUUUAUUUUUUAGAUAAUACUAUUGAAUAUUUUGGUGAUUGUGUUGGUAUUAGUAAUUUAACAUUUUCAUUAAUAUUAGGUUAUAUAUUUUAUCCAUUAGCGUUUCUUAUGGGAAUAUCUGAUGGUUCAGAAAAUAUUUUGGAGGUUGCAAAAUUAAUGGGUACAAAAACAUUUUUAAAUGAAUUUAUUGCAUACCAAAAACUUGGAGAAAUUGUAUCAGUUUCAAAACCUUUGUUAACACCAAAAUCAACUAUGAUUGCAACAUUUGCAUUAUGUGGUUUUUCUAAUAUUGGUUCUAUUGGUAUUCAAUUAGCUGUUUUAGGAAGUAUGGCACCAACAAGAAAAUCUGAUAUUGCUAGUGUUAUUAUACGAUCAUUAAUUACUGGUGCAAUUUCUACAUUUUGGACAGCAGCAUUAGCUGGUAUUAUUAUUGGAGAACCAUAUAUAUGCUCAAAAAUAUCUCAAAAUGAUGAAUGUUUUGAUUUAGAAAAAGGAAUAAGUGUAUUAAAAAACUUUUAA